ACUAUGCCGGGGGUUUUGCAGCCUGCCUGAAUAAUAAUAGUAGUAUAGAUACAGUUGUCGACGCCCACCCGAUUGACUUGCCCUUUAGAAAGUCGACAAAACGAGAGCCGUCUGUCCUGCUUGUUGAAAAGAUGGCAGGAAUGUAUGGUUUGGUCAACAGGGAGGUGAUAAGAGUGAAAGUUAAGAAAUGCGAUGGCUUGGUACAGCCUGAGUAUAAUAAAUUCAGCGUGGACCCCCAGAUCACCUCAUUUGAGAUGCUGCAAAACCUUUUGGCCAGAGCAUUUAACAUUUCCAGUGACUUCACAGUGAGCUACUUGGCCAAAGGAGAAGCGGGGCAGAACACUUACCUUAGCAUGCUGUCAGACUGGGACAUGGAUGCAGCAUUUCAGACGGCAUCUGACCCCUACCUCAAGCUGAAAGUUGAUCUGAGGCCAUUUGAUGAUGAUUGUAAAAUGGCAGUGGCAGGCUUAGAUGACUGGGACAUCAUUGCUCCUGUGGACAUACCACAGCACCGGUUCAGUACGCUGAUUGAGAAGAGCUCCUUCCUGAAUUCCAUUACUGGCACUAUCAGCAGUCAGGUGGAGAGAACGGUCAGCCAGAUGCAGAAAGUCAUGCGGUUGAAGACAGACGAAAGCAUUGUUUACAAGCCAUUGAAGCCACCCAUGACUGACUCAGAGUUCCACCAUUAUAUGGACUCCGAUGGCCGUCUGGUUCGACCAGAGGAAUUUAGGUUAAGCAUUUAUCAGGGUGGUGUUGAGCCAGCGCUGAGACCUGUUGUAUGGAGGCACAUGCUGAACCUUUUCCCAGAGAACAUGACUGGCAGGGAACGUUUUGACUAUGUUAAACGAAAAGAACGAGAGUACUACAAACUACGUGACGAAUGGAAGAACAGGUUCAGCAAUGGUAAUAUUAAUGAGGAGCUUAGGUUUGUCACCUCCAUGGUGAAGAAGGAUGUGUUACGAACAGAUAGAACCCAUAAAUUCUAUGCGGGUUCUGAUGAGAACAAGAAUGUGGUCUCCCUCUUCCAUAUCCUGGUCACCUUUGCCAUCACACACCCACAGAUUUCCUACUGUCAGGGCAUGAGCGACAUCGCUUCUCCUUUGCUGGUAAUUGAGAAGGACGAGGCUCAGGCUUACCUGUGCUUCUGUGGGAUCAUGCGGCGCCUCAGAGCCAACUUUGCAAGCGAUGGAAUCGCCAUCACUACAAAACUGCAGCAUCUUCAGGACCUGCUCCAGCUGAAUGACCCUGUGUUUUUUGCCUAUCUGAAUGAUUGUAGUGCCCAGGACUUGUUUUUCUGCUACCGCUGGCUGCUGUUGGAGGUGAAGCGAGAGUUCCCGUUUGAGGAUGCGCUGUACAUGUUGGAGGUGAUGUGGAGUACACUCCCUCCAGAUCCACCAGAUUAUGACCUUCCACUGGCAGAUCCAGAAUACUCACCUGUAAUCCUUUCUCCUUCACCAAUUUCUCCCAACUUCACAAGCAAAAAGAGUGUUUACGCUAAACUCCUGGCCAGGCGGCAGUCUACCACUGGAAAGAAUCAGAUCAACAAAAAGCUGAAGCCUCAGAAGAAUGUUUCAAAGCUGUUAGGGGAUAAUUCCAUCAACAACAACUGUGAAGUGUCUCAGCUGGAUCUAUCUCCUGGAGAUGAGGACAAGUUUAUUAUUGGUACGAUUGAAGACUUCCCUGCCAGCGAGGACUCCAUGACGCGCUCUCUGAGAGCUAAAUCCACUAUAAUUGACAUGUCCCUAGAGUCUGGCACUAAGCUGGAGAGACAAAAUGGCUUUGACAUAACUCCUGAGGAAUGCUCAAUGUCUGAAAUUACAAAGUGUGAUUGCAAUGAACAUGAGGCUGAGAAUAAGGUAAAACCGGACUUGUGCAAUGGCAAUGGGCCAAGCUGUAAUGACCAUAGUGCUAGUAUUGACGAAGAGGCGUUAUUGGAGAGUGAGGAUGAUGUCACCAAGAACGUGUCUAAGCGUAGAAUGUCAGCUUCAUUGUCUCGGAAGCGACCAGAAGAAAUAGUAAUUCCAAAGCCUGUGUUCAGUGAAGUAGAAAUGGAUGUGGGAACAGGGCCAAAAGUCACUGGUUCCACAGUUCCGGAUGUAACAGUUGAUCGGUGUCCGAAUGGUGAAGAUAGCUUGGAUGGGAAGGAUUCCUCAAAGCAUCAGUUACCAGUCACAUUGAAAGAGAACGGUCAAGUCCAGGCUGUGCGUGAAGGUGUAGGCCUUCACAUUUCAGACUGUAUCGAGGCAUCAGAACUGAUGACGCCCGAAUCCCCUGAUCAGACUUCUAUGGAAAUUAUAAAGGUAACGGAAAAGAUUUUGAGUUUGCCGCAGCCUGAGGAAUUUGGAUGUGGGAAUCCUUUCCUUAUGUUUGUAUGUCUGAGUCUUCUGCUUCAGCACAGAGACCACAUCAUGAGAAACCAUAUGGACUAUGAUGAGCUUGCCAUGCACUUUGACAAGAUGGUUCGCAAGCACAAUGUUUACAAAGUACUGUAUCAGGCUCGGUCUUUGUACUCAGACUAUCUGAAAGACCAACAGAAACAGAUGUUACAGGAUGAUGGAGUCGAGCCCAAUAGUGACUUUAGUGUUUGAGACUGUGUGGUUUUAUUUGCCAUGUCACGUUUUCUUCCAACGUACUUACGAACUGUGGAAAUGCUUCAUAUAAGUUUAUAAGUAGAUGUAGCGAUUGUGUCAUGGAUAUUCAAUGUGAGCUCAGCUGGAAACAGAUUGCUGUGUUGCAGACACUGGACUGACGUGCCUCGAUGUGCAUCAUUAGUGCCCAUAAACAUCAGUACAGUGCAGUAGAAGGCAUAUUUGUGUCACAACAAAAAUUCUGACACCAAAUUAGAAAUGUGUCCUUCCUUGUGCAAGAAUUAGAUGAGCUAGGUGUCUACAGGUUCUGGCUCAUCUGAUUUUAACGAAGUUUAGAAAUCAUGCCUUUUGGAGAAAAAUGUCAGUAUUCCUUGCAGAUUUUGCUCCAGUAAAUUAAAGCCAAAUAAUUGCUUAUGCGAUCAUAAAUUAUGUUUUACGAAAAACCGAGGGUUGAUAACUAUUAUGUGUAUAUUUAUUAUUUACCUUCGUAUUAUUAUGCUACGUAUAUGACUGAUCUCAAUCCAGCCGACUAGCUUUAUCUUUAGACAGAGAAUGGGACGUACGGUCAUAAUUCUUGUCUUGUAUGUGCAAUAUGAAUGCUUUGCAUGACUGAUUUAUUUACGUUGUAUUUUAUUUUAGUUUAGAGUAUUCUGUAUCUAUUAUGAUUAUUUCGAAUGCUCUUGUAUCUUUUGGCGUAAACAAGUGUGCAUUCCAUUUUAUUUCCUAGCUAUAUUGAUCUCGUCAUACACUUCAAAAUGUGACAGAUUUUUCAGUUUAAUGUCUUAGCAAGUCUUAGGCGCAUUUUUAAAUUGUAAUGUUUUUCAUUCCGCUUUUACAUGACACUCUUCGAAAAGAAGUACCACAUUUUGUUUGGUACGCCUCCAUUGUUGUGUAUUAAUUUGUUAUGAGCUCCACAAUCCAAACUGUCUACAAAAGCCCAGUAUGCACAACAGGUGAAUUUGGGUAUCUCAGUGCAAGAACACUGACAAACAUAUAUUCACGCUAAAUGGAAUGGAAUUGGUGGUUUUUGGGUGAAGCUCCAUGUGUAAAAGACAACAAGUGGUUCUUAUUAGUCAUACACAAAAGUGUAAACGUAGGUUCCUGACUCUACUGCCUAGUGCAAUACCAGUUGUAUUUACUUGUUUUGGGGUGAUUUGGACUCUGAUGAGCUGAAUCCAAUAUGUCUUGCCGUAAUGUUAAUCACCAUUGAUUGUUAUAACGAUAACAGUGGGUUCGGGUUCGGUUAUUAUGGCGUUGGGUGCGUUGGAGAGUUUGGGCUUUGGCAUGGGGCACGUAUUUAAUACUGCUUAAUGUCAUCCGUUUUGUUGGGUAUUAUUGUAUCCAUAUGAAGUAGGAAACGUUAAUUUUUUGAUGCAUAGUUGUUGUUUGUUAUUGAAACGCUAUCCUCUCUUUGAGAAAGGUGGCUUAACUUUAUGCUCAGUUAAAUACACCCCAUGGAUGUGUAUGUUAUACAGGACUGAAGUUCAAAACGUGGAAAGUUGUGUUAAUAUACUUUCAGUCUCUAACGUUCUGCCACUGUCUUCGCUUUUCUU